UUGCCAGUCAAGUCAGUCGGCUCACACAGCCUCACUCACACAUAUACACAUACACAAACGGAGCAGCAAACCGCGACAACCAGCCGAGUGGGAUGCCCGAGGUUUGCAGGCGUUAUGACGUUACCUGGAGGGGCGGUGCUCCUGUGGGGAUACAGUUGAUGGAGAGGAGUCCCUCCUCCUCCUCCUCCUCCUCCUCCUCUUCCUCCUCCUCUUACACUCGCUGCCAUGAUCGGAUGAUGAGGACACAGCACAACGGCGGCGACACACAAGCAGCGCCGGGAUUGAGAAUGAGCCGCGGGACACGCUGAGCAGACACCUUAGCGGUUUACAUGUGUUUGUUUCUUCCUGGAUGUUCAGUUAUGACAAGUGCCUUCCCAACACCUAUUUUCCAACUUUUCUGACAUUUUUUGACUCUCUGAGAGGUUUUCACUGAUGUCCAGGGACUCGCAUACUAUGCACUAUCGCUGUCUCGCGCUCAUCAUCGAACCUGUAACCUCAGCACGGGACUCUUGAAGUGAGGACCCUCACCCCCGCAACCAGCCACGGGUAGCUUCUCCUCGUACGACGCAGGGAUGUUUGCCUCCGUGGAGCACGGCCCGGUCCUCUGCAGCGACUCCAACAUCCUGUGCCUGUCCUGGAAAGGCCGCGUGCCCAAGAGCGAGAAGGAGAAACCGGUGUGCCGGAAGCGCUACUACGAGGAGGGCUGGCUGGCCACCGGGAACGGCCGGGGGGUCGUCGGCGUCACGUUUACAUCCAGUCACUGCAGGCGGGACCGGCCCACCCCGCAGAGGGUCAACUUCAACCUCAGGGGGCACAACAGCGAGGUGGUCCUGGUGCGAUGGAAUGAGCCCUUCCAGAAACUGGCCACCUGUGAUACAGAUGGCGGCAUCUUUGUUUGGAUCCAGUACGAGGGCCGUUGGUCCGUGGAGCUGGUCAAUGACCGCGGAGCUCAGGUGAGUGACUUCACGUGGUCGCACGACGGCACUCAGGCGCUCAUCUCUUACCGCGACGGCUUUGUGCUGGUGGGGUCCGUUAGUGGGCAGAGACACUGGUCCUCCGAGAUCAAUCUGGAGAGUCAGAUCACGUGCGGUAUCUGGACACCUGACGACCAGCAGGUUUUGUUUGGCACCGCUGACGGACAGGUGAUCGUGAUGGACUGCCAUGGGCGCAUGCUGGCCCACAUUCUGCUGCACGAGUCGGACGGCAUCGUCAGCAUGUCGUGGAACUACCCCAGCUUCCUGGUGGAGGACAGCAGCGAGAGUGACACGGAUUCUGACGAUUACCCCCAACAGCGAGUGCACAGCCACAAACCUCUGCUGACAGUCAGCUUCACCUCCGGAGACAUUAGCCUCAUGAACAACUACGAUGACCUCUCCCCAACCCUCAUCCGCACCGGUCUGAAAGAUGUGGUCGUCCAGUGGUGUUCACAGGGGGACCUUCUUUCGGUCGCUGGCAUGGAGAAGACGCUCCUCUCCCACGACCCCUCUUGUCCUCCCACCAGGAAUGCUAUUGUCAAGUUCUAUAACGUUCGGGGUGAACACAUUUAUACACUGGAAACACCAGCACAGCGCCCCAUCACCACCCUCUGCUGGGGCCACCGGGACUCCCGUCUCUUCCUGGCGUGUGGCCCGGCGCUCUACGUGGUGCGUGUGGAGCACCGUGUCGCCAGCCUGCAGCUCCUCUGCCAGCAGGGCAUCGCAACGGCCGUGAAGGAGGAGAAGGACGUGGCCAAGCUCACCAUGCCGUCACGCCUAUGUUCCUAUGUCACUUCCGCUUUUUUCCCCACCAUCAAGCAGCCCAUUCCAGACCCCAACAACAUGCGCGACUUUGUGAGCUACCCAACAGCUGGCAAUGAGCGUCUGCAUUGUACAAUGAAGCGUACAGAGGACAACCCAGAGGUGGGGGGUCCCUGCUACACUCUGUAUUUGGAGUACUUAGGGGGUCUGGUGCCCAUUCUUAAAGGACGACGAAUAAGUAAACUACGCCCAGAGUUUGUCAUUAUGGACCCCAAGACGGAUGGAAAAACAGAUGAAAUAUAUGGCAACAGUCUGAUAUCAGCAAUGAUUGACAGCUGUAACUGCUCAGACUCCAGUGACAUCGAGCUCAGUGAUGACUGGGUCGGCAAGAAGUCUCCAAAGAUAUCCCGGGGCAGUAAGUCCCCCAAGCUACCCAGAGACUUAGUUUGUCCCUUUACCAACAGAAUCAACAUCGAUCCCAGGAAAUCACCAAAACUCUCUCGUGCCGCCCAGGAAGUUUCCAGGUCACCGCGGCUACCAAUACGCAAACCCUCCAUUGGAUCGCCUAGUCUAACACGGAGAGAAUUUCCUUUAGACGACAUUACUCAGCAAAACUACCUUGCUCAGGUCACAUCAAAUAUUUGGGGAACAAAAUUCAAGAUUGUCGGGCUCGCUGCAUUUUUGCCAACAAACCUUGGUGCAGUCAUCUACAAAACCAGCCUCCUCCACCUGCAGCCCAGACAAAUGACAAUAUACCUGCCAGAGGUGCGCAAGAUCUCCAUGGAGUACAUCAACCUGCCCGUCUUCAGCCCCAACGUCUUCAGCGAGGACGAAGACGACCUGCCCGUCUCGGGCCCAGCCGGUGGUGUCGACGACAAAAACCCGCCCUGCACUGUCAACAUCCCAAUCGCGCCCAUCCACAGUCCCGCCCAGGCCAUGUCCCCCGCCCAGAGUAUCGGCCUUGUCCAGUCCCUGCUAGCCAAUCAAAACGUUCAGCUGGAUGUUCUAACCAACCCCACGGCCACCUCCCCGGGAGCUGCUGCUGCAGCAGCUGCUAGUUCCGACCAAAGCCAAGACACUGUCCUCACAGCCCAGUACACAGUCCCUACUCGAUACUCAAGUCCUGGUCAGGUCAUCUUUGGAGGGCUCGACAUGAGUCGCCUCACGGUCGGAGCUACACACACUCAUCAGCCUUCACAACAACAACAACAACAGCAGCAGCAGCAGCAGUUACAACUCCUACACCAUCAGCAACUACAGCACCAUCAACAACAGCUACAGCAGCAGCAGCAGCAACAACAGAUGCAGCAGCAGCAGCAGCAGCAACAACAGAUGCAGCAGCAGCAGCAGCAGCAACAACAGAUGCAGCAGCAGCAGCAGCAGCAACAACAGAUGCUCCAGCAGCAGCAGCAGCAACAACAGCUACAGCAGCAGCAGCUUCAACACAUGCAGCAGCAGCAACAUCAUCAUCAGCAACAGCUCCAGCAGCACAUACUGCAGCAGCAGCUGCACCACCAGCAGCAAAUGCAUCAGAUGCAGCAACAACAGCAGCAGCUUCACAUUCAAAUCCCCGUCCCCUCCAUGUCAUCAGCACAGACCUCCGGAGCGGCCAUGCUUCCGACGGGUGCGCUGCAGAUCCAGAUCCCUCACCCGCCGCCCGAUCUGCUUGUCGAGAGGGGAACCGUGGGCGAACACGAGAGCCUCCUGAAAAUAAAGACGAUGCGUUCUGGUCCGCAGUUGGCCGAGGCCGACACGGUGGUUUUCAGCGCACCGCCGGAGCUAAGUAAAAUGAACCCCCCACCUCCUUAUCCUGGAACUGUGGCUGCUGCUGUGGCGGCAGCUGCUGCCGCGGCGGCGGCUGCUGCUUCCAUCUCGGCCUCCGGUACGCCCUCAAAUGCUUCAUCUGGAACAACUGGGGGCUCCACCGGAACGCCACCUCCUGGUGAUCUCUGUGUAAAGAAGGGGGACAUACAACUGUAUCCCCUAAGUCAGCAACAAAGCCAGUACACCACACCACUGGGCUAUGAGAGAAUCACCACCUUUGACAGCAGCGGUAACGUGGAGGAAGUCUGUCGUCCUCGAACCCGACUUGUCUGCAAUCAGAAUGUCUACAGCAUGCAAGGGCCCGGAAGUUCUGCAACCCUCAGGGUCACCUCUUCAUCCUCAUCCUCCUCGGCAGAAGGCAAGAAGAUCCAGCUGCCGUACAGCUCCGCCACACUCAACAGACUCGCCGCACCUCGCUAUUCCAUACCGAGCGGGGACCCUCCCCCGUAUCCAGACCUGGCCAACCAGAAUAGCGGCAGGAAUCCUGGACAGAAGCUGGACAGCAGUCUCAUCCACGCCACUCUCAGGAGGAAUAGCCGGGAGGCCACCCUCAAAGUGUCCCAAAUGAUAGAGCCGCCCAGACCGCUACCACUGCCACCGAAAGCUAAAAAUAGCAGUGCACUAGCGGCCUCCUACCAGCAGAGGGUACAAACAGCCUUAUACACCUGCAGUCAGUGUAGCAGCGGGUCCAGCCUUGGGGUCACGGCUCCAGGCAGCGCCAAUGGAAUAGCAGGGGGUACCAUAAUCAGACAGGAUUUUCCUCCAGGGAACGGAGCGCCGCACAGCACAGUUAUCGUGCACUCCAACAGCAGUGCCCCUCUGGCCUCGCAGUCCUCUUACAGCCUGCUCAGCUCACUGGAAGGAUCUGGAUCCACCGCAGGAGGAGGCAGCAGCAGAGACCGGAUUGAUUAUGUUAAUUCAGCGUUUACUGAGGACGAAACGCUCAGUCAGUCCCUCAGGCAUUUGGCUUUAGGAGGAAAUGAUACGCCAGGCCUGCUCGUUAAACACCCACCUCCCUAUCACUGGGACCCCGCCGCCACGGAGGAGGUGUGGGUCCCUCAGGAACGAAUUGCAACGCUCAACCCCGCCGGCCAUCCGGGACCCCACAAGCCGCACCCGCUUAUCCUCAGCCCGGCUCAGCACUUAGACGUGUCCAGGCUACCGUACGUGCUGUCUCCGAAGUCUCCCACGACACCCGGCGCUGCGUCUUUUCAAGCCGCCGCCGGGUACCAAAUUUCUCUCCAGUAUCCCGCAGUCACUGCCUACUCGGGAGCCCAGCUUCAGCCCAUCCUAACGUCACCACGCCCCUGCUCCUCCCCAAAAGAAGUGGUGCCACCAGUGUCUCUCUCACAGCAGGACACAACCAUUGUCCUACCUGCCGGUUACCCUGCCAGUCUAACCAACCUGGCCUGCUGCCCUCUACCACCUAUGUACCCCGCGGGAAACGCUUGCGCCGGGAUUCCCAUUCCUCCCAUCGCACUCCACACACCGUGGGGUACGUAUAACUCGUGCCCCCCUAUUCCCAGUCCUGCUGUGCCCCUACCGCCCAAAGCUUCCCAUAUGUUCGUAGACAAAAAUGCUCUUUCACCACCGCCGCCUCCUCCACCGCCACCCCCGCCGCCACCACACGCAGAACUGCAGAAUCACACAGGGUUACAGGAAGCCAUGGCAGAAACCGGGGAAGGUUUCCAGGAAGUGCUGUCCUUAGCCGAGAGCCCUGUGCCGCCUCGGUCGGAGAAGUUCAGCAAGAAGAACCGCAAGAGGGCGGACGGGCGGGCGGAGGAGGCCAACGUGCCGCCUCUGGCUGAAGGGAGCAAGUCCAAAAAGGAGGGCAGGGCACUGGGGGACUUCAACUCCCUCAUCUCCAGUCCACGGCUGGGAGGGAGGGACAAGAAGAAGGUGAAAGGACCGAAGGAGCAGCUAAAGGCCAAGAAGCUGAGCAAGGCCGCAGCCAACAGCGAGUUCCAGGACAGCUCAGAGAGCGAGCCGGAGCUUUUCAUCAGCGGGGAUGAGCUGCUCAACCAGUGCCAGAGCGGGAAGAAAGGCUGGAAGACGAAGAGGAACCUCAGGGCGGCCAGCGAACUGGAGGAGAUGAAAUGCCGUAAGGCCAAUGAGAAGGAGGACCGAGGGCUGGGCAGCCAGGGCUUCGUGUACGUCAUGGCAAACAAGCAGCCGCUGUGGAAUGAGGCCACGCAGGUGUAUCAGCUGGACUUUGGUGGACGCGUCACGCAGGAGUCCGCCAAAAACUUUCAGAUUGAACUUGAGGGCAGACAGGUGAUGCAAUUCGGUCGCAUCGACGGCAACGCCUACAUCCUGGACUUUCAGUAUCCCUUUUCUGCCGUGCAGGCCUUUGCGGUGGCUUUGGCAAACGUCACGCAACGCCUCAAGUGAAAUGCCGCCCUGCCACACGUGGGAUUUAAGAAAGUCACCGUUUUUUCACAGAGACACGCCCGGACAGAGAGACAGAGAAGACACAGGGGGAAGAGAUCCGAUCCCGUUGCACUACGCGAUCCUGCCACUUGAGGCGCAGUUGCCGAGCACUGCGCUUUUGGCAACCGCCAUGCAAAUAAACGCUGCUUUCGUUAGUCGAGUUAAAUGCUUUUAGACGACCGAGUGAGGAAACUGUCAAUGUGCAGUUUGGAUAAGAUUUUUUUUUUUUUUUUUUUUUUUUAAAGGAGCAGCAGUAAUACUUGAAAACCACACUCUGGUGAUAUGUUGUUUUUCUCCAGAGCACACACAGGUACGACUACUGGCCACUCAAAUCCAUGGCUGUACAACACUCACCAAUAGAUGACCCUGCUUUUGCUUUUAGGGAGUAUUUGUGACACAAAAUGGUGGACAGUCGGCUUUUGUUUUCGCUCUCUGCCAUUCCUUUUGCUACUGUCAGUUCACACGUCUUACACCGGUGGCGUUGAAAUAUGUGUUUUUUUUUUAAUGUUGUUUUACACGCUGUUGAAGGAUGAAGACUCGUGGAUUAAGUUAUGCGUACUGUACAUUUUGAAUCGUCACCAUUGUUUGCGUUCUAUGUAAUCACACCAUCCUGUCAGCACACGCCGCUUUCAUUCGGGAGACUUAAGUUGUGAUAUUACUCUUGUAUUAACGUCUCUAUGACGUCAGCCAUGGCACCUGUUGUCACUUCUGUGAAGUGAGUGUUCAGACCCCACCCCUCCACUCUUAAACACCACACUUAAACGAGGUGCAGGGAAUAUUUUUCUACAUUUCUCUCACAAUCUCCUCUGACAGAAUACACAUAUCAGUCAUAUAAUAUGAAAGCUGAUUUGUGUGUGUGUGUGUGUGUGUGUGUGUGUGUAAAGAGACUUGGGUGACUCUGCCACUGUGUUUCAAUGCUGUAAUACUGUUCAAUGCAAAUACUGAAAUCAUCUUUUGCUGAUUUUGUUUUGUCUUUUUAAAAGUCGUAACACCAAUGAAGGAUGAAGCCAGUGUGUUGACUCUCCAAAUAUAGUUUGUUGUUACAUCACAACAAAACUCAUGUUCGAUGAACAAAAACAGCUUUUGGGGUGCAAUUGGACCGCCUCAAAAUUUUGUAUAAGAAUGAAGUCAUAUUAGGAGUUUGUUUUUCCUCAAAAUUAUUAUGAGAUUAAAGUUAUAAUAUUGUCAAUAUUCCCCACUUGAUAAUGUCAGUAGCCCUCUGCUGUUAAACUGUACAUUGUGAAGAUAGUCUUGAUGUGACAAAAUGGACUUAGUGACUACCUUUUUGUAGUGUAACUUGACAAUAAUAGUUCAGUAAUAUAUAAAUAUUUUUGCCCUUGUAAUAUUCUGACUUUACUCUGUUUAGAAAUUACAGAUUUUCCCCAGAAUAAUAAAACAUUCUCUAAAAUUAUGACAUUUUUUUCUCAUGAUAUUACAACGGCAAUCUCAAAAUUAUGACCUCUCAAUAUGCCAACUUUACUAUCAUAAAAUUAAGACAUUUUUUUCCAUAACAAUAUUGCAGGUAUUGGUUUUUUCUUUUUAAUAAAUAAAAUUGCAACUUAACUCCUCAAAAGUUAGGACUUUUUCUCCUUAUAAGAUUCCAACUAUUGACUAAUAAUAAUAAAUAAUGACUAUUUCAUGUAACCGUACUAUUUUCCCCCAGUAAAUAAGACUUUUUCCUCAUAAUAUGACUUAUCCUAGUGAAGUUUGAUUUUUUAUUUUUAUUUUUUUUAAAUCCACCUUAAUUGUAUUUUUCCUGGUAAUAUUACAACUUUAUUCUGCUAAAAUGUCAACUUGUUCCCUUAAUUUUCGUGCCAAAAUGCACGCUGGCUAAAAACGAAAAGCGGCUAGAAAAUUAACAAUGAGAUGCAUAUCUGUUACGACCAAAAGAAGAAAUGCAUGGUGUAAGAUGCAUCUAUUUAUGUUUCGUUGUGCAAUAUUUUCUCCGGCGAAAAGAAUCUAUGGUUGUUGGCCCACUUUUGAUUCUUUACUUUUAUGUUCAGUUGCUGGCGUAUACUUUUUUGUAUUAAUUUUUGUUUUUAAUUUAUGAGACGAUUUCCUAAAGGAGAUAUAUCUAUACAUACUGUACAUUGUGAACAUCUUGCUGCAAUUUAUUUUUUUUGUGUGUGCAUUUCUUCUCGUGUAGCCUGAAUUGUGAGGUGUUGGGGCAAGUUUGUGACUUUUGAAAUGGGGGGGGGGACAUGAUUGAUCAAGUGUAGCCUAGUCAAGUAGUGUGUUUCUGUCAAGUUGUGUGUGUAUGCGCGAUCGUUUAUUCACGUUCGACCUAUCGCAUCAGUAUUGAGUCCCCUCUCUCGGCUUUUGACACGUUCACAUCAUUGUCACACGUUCACAAACCUCCGAGUUCAGAAGUGCCGACGUGGACUUCUAAAGGUUUUUCAACCUGAUGUAGAUGGAGGAGAUUUAGGCUUUUCUUGAGAAAAGGUAUGUGCUUGGUAUUUGUAGGUGUUAGACUUUAAGAGCCUAAAAAAAAGAAGAAAAAAAGUUGUUGACUGAACGUUUUUAGUGAAUGGAUUAGUAAGGCAUGCCAUGUAAAUUAUUUUAUAAUUGUAUAUGUCACACAUCUUUUGAAUAAAACAUCUUUGUU